AGAGCUUGAACGUCGCUAGAAGAAACGUCAGUGACGUACUCCCCGYGUAAAAUUACUAUCCAAAAAUGAAAACUUAAAGCAAAAAUGACUGGGAAAUACAGUGGAGAGGACUUUAUAAUGGUGUAAAUAUUUGAGUUUGAUUCAUCAAAGUUGCAAGCAUAAUGGCGACGAGGGCUAUGAAAUACUUCAUUCUGAUUUGCUGUCUCGCUGCCAUGACAACAGGCAAAAAGAAACGACGCUCCCAAGAGGCUGACUUUAAUAAAGAUUUCAAAAUCUUAUCGAAAGCUGCAAAAAUUYUAGUUGCCAAUGCGCAUGUUCAGGAUUCUUCAGAAAGCCAAUCUAAUGUCCACGCUAAGCACAAAGAACCCAUACAAAAUAAACAACAAGUUGCUAAAAAUGUUUCUUACACGAAACAAAAUAACAUUAAAGGUCAAGUCAAUCAAAAGGCCAUUGAAAAMCAAUUGGAGAUGUUAAGACUCAACGCCCUUAGAGGCUCACAAAUGAAUAAACCUAAGGCGCAUAAUGUUAUAGGGGCUCAGAAGAAGCCUUCUAAUCCCAUGGUCAAUUAUUUGCGGUCCGCUAUUGUKUACCCAGUCGUUGUGAAUGGAAAAAUACCAAAGGUGGACCUACAAACGCCUGGUUUCACUGUUAAAGCUAGGAGCAAUAUCGCGGGGAYGUCUAGCAAUCGUAUGAGMAAUGUGAACACUUAUSCUGGGUAUUACCAACCAAAUAAUAAAAACUAUUAUAACAAUGUACAAUACAACAAAGGAAGCCCACAAAAACCAUUGUUUAAGUUCAAUUUAAAAAUUGUUUUGUCAAGCUGA